UUUAGGAACUAUCUUUAUUGGACCGGUAGUUCACUAACCGGAACCAAUGACAUAAGAUUACCCACUAAACGAGUUGCACCGAGCCGAAAAUUCUGAACACGUUAUAACAUCCGGUUAAUUUGCACUCGUUGCAGUAAUGGCAGCGUUUUCUGAAAUGGGGGUUAUGCCUGAAAUCGCGCAGGCUGUGGAAGAGCUGGAGUGGCUGCUACCUACUGACAUCCAGGCAGAGUCUAUUCCCCUCAUUCUUGGUGGAGGAGAUGUACUUAUGGCAGCAGAAACUGGUAGUGGCAAAACAGGAGCCUUCAGUAUCCCAGUGAUCCAGAUCGUGUAUGAGACCCUGAAGGAUCAGCAGGAGGGCAAGAGGGGCAGAGCUUCCAUCAAGACUGGAGGAGCUAUUUUCAACAGUUGGCAGAUGAAUCCUUAUGACCGCAGCACAGCCUUUGCAAUUGGUCCAGAUGGACUGUGCUGCCAGAGCAGGGAGUUUAAAGAGUGGCAUGGCUGUCGCUCUACAAAAGGGGUUACCAAAGGGAAGUACUACUAUGAAGUGACCUGCCAUGACCAGGGUCUGUGUCGCAUUGGCUGGUCCACCAGUCAGGCAGCCCUGGACUUGGGAACUGAUAAGUAUGGUUUUGGUUUUGGUGGGACUGGAAAGAAAUCCAACAACAAGCAGUUUGACAGCUAUGGAGAGGAGUUUACCAUGCAUGACACUGUCGGAUGCUACUUGGAUCUAGACAAGGGCCAAAUAUCCUUCUCUAAAAAUGGUAAUGACCUGGGUAUGGCUUUUGAGAUCCCUCAACAUGUGAAGAAUCAGCCCUUCUUUGCUUCCUGUGUGCUCAAGAAUGCAGAGUUGAAGUUCAACUUUGGAGGAGAAGACUUUAAAAAUGCCCCUAAGAGUGGGUUUGUUGCCCUGAACCAGGCGCCAGAGGGCCACACAGUCAAAUCUUCUCAGGCAGGCACUGCCAAAGUGAGUCAGGUGAAAGCGUCAUCCACCGCACCCAAAGCCCUGAUCAUCGAGCCUUCUAAAGAAUUGGCCGAACAGACUCUCAACAAUGUGAAGCAAUGUGCAAAAUAUGUUGAUAACCCCAAACUCAGGGAGCUGUUGGUGAUUGGUGGUGUGGCUGCCAAAGACCAGCUGGCUGCUCUGGAACAGGGGAUCGACAUUGUGGUGGGGACACCCGGCAGACUGGACGACCUCAUAUCUACUGGGAAGCUCAGUCUGGCCCAAGUCCGCUUUCUCGUCCUGGAUGAGUGUGACGGCCUACUGUCCGCAGGCUAUACAGACUUUAUCAACAGGAUCCACAACCAAAUCCCUCAGGUCACUUCUGACGGCAAGAGACUGCAGGUGAUUGUGUGUUCAGCCACUCUGCAUUCGUUUGACGUAAAGAAGCUGUCUGAGCGUAUCAUGCACUUUCCAACUUGGGUGGACCUGAAGGGGGAGGACUCUGUCCCUGAGACUGUCCACCACGUGGUAGUUCCUGUCAAUCCUAAAACCGAUCGCCUCUGGGAGCGCCUUGGCAAGAACCACAUCCGGACUGAUGAAGUCCAUGCCAAAGAUAACACCAGACCAGGAGCCAAUUCUGCAGAAAUGUGGUCAGAAGCCAUCAAGGUGCUGAAGGGCGAGUACACAGUGAGGGCCAUCAAAGAACACAAGAUGGACCAGGCCAUAAUCUUCUGUCGCACCAAGAUUGACUGUGACAACUUGGAACAGUACUUCAUUCAGCAAGGAGGAGGUCCGGACAGUAAAGGCCACCAGCUUUCCUGCGUCUGUCUCCAUGGUGAUCGUAAGCCCAACGAGCGAAAAACUAACUUGGAGCGCUUUAAGAGAAAAGAAGUCAAGCUCUUGGUCUGCACAGACGUAGCUGCCAGAGGAAUUGACGUCCACGGAGUUCCUUAUGUGAUUAACGUCACCCUGCCAGAUGAGAAGCAGAACUAUGUCCAUCGUAUCGGCAGAGUAGGAAGAGCCGAGAGAAUGGGACUGGCCAUCUCCUUGGUUGCUAUGGAGAAGGAGAAGGUGUGGUACCAUGUUUGCCCGAACCGAGGCAGAGGCUGCUACAACACUCGGCUGAAGGAGGAUGGAGGUUGCACCAUCUGGUACAACGAAAAAGAGCUCCUGUCAGAUAUUGAGGAGCAUCUAAAGUGCACAAUCACCCAGUGUGAGCCAGACAUCAAAGUACCUGUGGAUGAUUUUGAUGGAAAGGUCAGCUAUGGUCAGCGCAGAGCAUUGGGAGGUGGUAACUACAAGGGUCACGUGGAUAUUCUGGCCCCGACGGUCCAGGAGCUGGCUAACCUCGAGAGAGAGGCCCAAUCUUCCUUCCUUCACCUGGGAUACAUGCCAAACCAGCUUUUCAGAGCCUUCUAAACACACCCCAACUAGCCACAACACUGUAGGCUGCACUGAAUGGAGCAGGUCCACAUGGGUUAGGAUACAACCAACAGGAUACAAAGUCUUUAGCAACCAAGCAGCAGUGUGCUUUUAUUUUUCAACUUAUAAACAUAACUUGGAAAUUAUUUACAUGCAAUGUAUACUACAAGGUGGCAAAAUGCAUUUCACUGCUAAUGACAAACUUCUCUACAGUCUGUGUACACAGGAUAAAGUUCAGCAUUAGUGCUUUGGAAAUUGGAAGAUUGUAAGCAUUUAUAUGCAGAACUCCUUGGCCUUCACUACACUGCUUGAAAAAAUAGUAUGGAAUGGAAUACUUGACAUGUAAUGAAAAACCUAAUUUGUUGGAUUUUUGUGUUUUCUGAUUGAUACGGUUUAAUAAAAUAUUUAAGUUUAAGAGUAAUUGGCUAAAAAGUCUAUGUAAUUAAGUGGCUGUUUUCUUUCCUGAAAUAAACUUAUAGCCUGCUCA